AUCACCCCCAGGACCGUCCUCUGCCAUGGCGGCCGCCGCGAGCCUGCGCGCCUGCGGGGCCAGAGCGAUCGGCCGGCUGCGGCCCCGGCUCGGCCCGUGGACGCCCCCCGCAGCCGCCCGCUUCUGCAGCCCCGCGGGCUCCGCCGGGGACGAGGGCCCGGAGCAGGGGCCGCGACCCACCAGCAGGCGGCAGAGGGACGGCAUCAGGAACAUCAUCCUGAGCAACCCCAAGAAGCGGAAUGCACUGUCUCUGGCCAUGCUGAGAUCUCUGCGCUCUGACCUCCUUCAUGAGGCUGAUAGCCCUGAUCUCAAGGUCAUCAUCAUUUCAGCCGAGGGGCCUGUCUUCUCUUCGGGGCAUGACUUAAAGGAGCUAAAAGAGGAACAAGACUCCAAAGUCCACACCCAGGUGUUCCAGACGUGUGCCGAGGUCAUGAUGCUGAUCCAGCGCCACCAGGUCCCUGUCAUCGCCAUGGUGAACGGCCUGGCCACGGCCGCCGGCUGCCAGUUGGUCGCCAGCUGCGACAUAGCUGUGGCCAGCGACAAAUCAUCCUUCGCCACGCCAGGUGUGGCUGUGGGGCUCUUCUGUUCCACCCCUGCCGUGGCCCUAGGCAGGGCAGUACCCAAGAAGGUGGCCCUGGAGAUGCUCUUCACAGGGGAGCCCAUCUCAGCCCACGAGGCCCUGCAGCAUGGGCUGCUAAGCCGGGUGGUGCCUGAGGAGCAGCUGGAGGCCGAGACAUUGAGGAUCGCGGGCAGGAUCGCAGCCUUGAGCCGGCCUGUGCUGGCACUGGGCAAGGCCACCUUCUACCGUCAGCUGCCUCAGACCCUGCACACGGCCUACCAGCUGGCCUCUCAGGCCAUGGUGGACAACCUUGGUCUGCAGGAUGGCCAGGAAGGCAUUGCUGCCUUCGUGCAAAAGCGGAAGCCGCGCUGGUCCCAAUGAGGGCCCCGGGGCAACAGCCUGAGCUGAGGCCACCCUAAAGCUGGGGUGAGCAGAGGUGCCAUCAGAAGCAGCACUGG